AUGUCGCGGGAAUCUUGCCGCAAUACGAAUGGCGAACAGCUCUUACACAGUGUUUUACAGAAGAUGUUGGCCUCAUUCCUAAGGGGUGCUAAGAAAGUUUCGCCCCUCUUCGUCCCGAAGCUCCUCAUCAACCUGGCUGCCGGUCAUGUAUCGAUGAAGUAUGGCUUCAAGGGCCCAUCACACGCCACAACCACAGCAUGCACCACGGGCGCACACUCCAUCGGCGAUGCGGCUCGUUUCAUAUCUCUGGGUGAUGCGGAUGUCAUGGUUGCAGGCGGAGCAGAAUCGUGCAUUCAUCCCUUGGCCUUCGUAGGCUUCCAGCGAUCCCGCUCACUCACCACAUCCUACAACAACGCGCCUGAGCAAGCUUCUCGUCCUUUCGACAAAGCUCGAGAUGGCUUUGUCAUUGGCGAAGGAUCCGCUGUGCUGAUUCUGGAGGAGCUACAUCAUGCUAUUAAUCGAGGCGCGCGCAUAUACGCCGAGCUCGCCGGUUACGGAGCCAGCAGCGACGCUCAUCACCUUACUGCUCCGCCGCCAGACGGCAAUGGAGCAGUACGGGCAAUGCGUUCGGCUCUGAGGCACGCAGAGAUACCUCCUGCACAAGUCGACUACGUCAAUGCUCAUGCGACGUCUACAAAUCUUGGUGAUUUCGCUGAGAACCGAGCAAUCAAGACACUGAUGCUCGGCGAAAGCGGUAAGAAGCGACCGCAAGAUAUUAAUGUGAGUAGCACAAAAGGGGCGACCGGCCAUUUACUUGGUGCCGCUGGUGCCAUGGAGGCAGUGUUCAGUGUUUUGGCAAUCAGAGAUUCCGUUCUUCCUCCAACCUUGAACCUAACUGACAUAGACGUGACGCAAGGGUUUGAUUGUAAUUACGUCCCAUUAGAAAGGCAGAGUAUGCAUGUGAAGGUGUGCUUGAGUAAUAGCUUUGGAUUUGGGGGUACUAAUGCAAGUCUAUGUUUCAGGGGUUUUCAACGGAAGUAA